AUGUCCAAUCAGCCCGCAAAGAAAAAGACAAAAUCGUCGUCGGAAGUGGCCAAUGCAUUAGCCUCUUCAACGACGACAUCAACAGCACAGAAAAAACCAGGCACAUGGUGGUUCUGGUACUAUAAGGAUGCAUUAAAAACAAAUUCCGAAAUUCCUUCCUUUUCAGUGGAAGGAAGAAAAAGUUUAUUGAGUUAUAUUUUGGGUACCCGACGAGUAUUGAAACAUGAGGAUUUAAAAACGAGUACUAGUAGUAGCAUUGGUACCACACAAGUUCAAUGUUUGAUUUUCUUUCCGAAAGCAGAUCAUUCUACCGACCAAUUUGCUGCUGCGCUUGUUCAAUCUUUUAAAUCAUCAGUGGUUUUAUCAAAACAAAAGAAUAAUAUUCACAUAUUUAUUACUUGCCCGAGUUUAGAGAAUUUUGAUCAAAAUACAAAGAAUAUUCCAUCCGGGGUGAAUGUUUGGGCUGAUGUGAAUGGAGCAGUUGCUGAUAAAUUUGGAAUGAGACCUCUCAUUCAAGAUAUAAAUUUAAAUGAUUUAUUAGGAACUGAUGAAAAGAAAAAGAGCUCAUACAGCAAACAAACAGUCAUUGGAAUGUUUUUUGCAAUGAAUGGUAAAAUUGUGAAAUCUCCUGCAUUUCAACCCAAAUUACAAACAGUUACUUUGGAUACCAUGAAAAGUGUUUAUGAUUUCAUUGAAAAAUGUCAAGGUAAUAUUUCGAAAAUUACGGCACCAGAUUCCUAUGCCGCAGAUUUGACUGAGAAUGAUUUAAAGACGCUUCAUUCGGCUGCUUGGAAUGACUAUCAGAGAGAGUUAAAUCAAAUGAAUUUGGAUUUGGGAUUGGGAGGUUCUUCAACCAGAAAAAACAAGACGCCGUCAGCACCAAAGAAAACUGCAAGUACAAAAACAAGCAAGACAUCGACUGUUUCCACAAAAAAGAAAAAUAUUGCUGCUACUUCCACAAAACUCCCUCCACAAAGACUUUCCAAAUUGUAA